GGUGGGAGUCCCUAAUAAGCUGAUGUGUGUUUUUUCCCACCUCUUCCCUCUCUCCCACCCUGGCUAGAGCCCUGAGCUGUUCCCCACUCAGGAGGCCAGGCUGACUUGUUUUGGGUCCUGGCUCCUCCUCAGCAGCGCAGAGGGAAGGCCUUGUUGGAGCCCCUGGUCAGGGGAAGGACAGCUGCAAGGAGCCAAGGUGGUGGAAUUCCUGGGCGGCUCCCCUUUCCCCUCUAGCUGAUGCAAUCUCUGGGUUCUGUCCGGCUUGGAAGCUGCAAUCUGGCUGACUGAGUUGCUCAAGGACUCUGCCCCUGGGCCAAAGAGCGCUGCCUGUGUCUGCUCGCCCCGGAACAGGACCGGCGCCCGAGCCGCCGCCAUGGCGGCCACCCUCCUCAUGGCCGGCUCCCAGGGGCCUAUGACAUUUGAAGAUAUGGCUAUGUAUCUUACUCGGGAAGAAUGGAGGCCUCUGGACCCAACACAAAGGGACCUUUACCGGGAUGUUAUGCAGGAGAAUUAUGGAAAUGUAGUCUCCUUAGAUUUUGAUAUCAGGAGUGAGAAUGAGGCAAAUCCAAAGGUGAUAUCUGAAGACAUAGAAUUUGGAGACAUAUCAGAAAGGCCUAUUGAGAGUGCUCACCAGACUCCUGAGUGUGAAGAAGGCUUUGAAAGUGGGGACAAGUCAGAAGAACAGUGGGAAGAUUUAACUGGGGAUGAGUGGGUAAACUAUCCUCUUCAGCAAGUUACAGAUCUCCUUGUCCACAAGGAAGUCCAUGCAGAUAUAAGAUUCCAUAUCUGCUCUCAGUGUGGAAAGGCUUUCAAUCAAAUCUCAGACCUGAAUCGACAUCAGAGAACUCAUACUGGAGAGAGACCGUAUAAAUGUUAUGAUUGUGGGAAGAGCUUUAGCCGAAGUUCCCAUCUCAUUCAGCAUCAGAGAACACACACUGGGGAGAAACCCUACGAUUGCAGUGAAUGUGGGAAAAGCUUCGGUCGAAGUUCACACCUCAUCCAGCACCAAACAAUUCAUACUGGAGAGAAACCCCACAAAUGCAAUGAAUGUGGCAAGAGUUUCUGUCGGGUCUCCCACCUUAUUCAGCACCAGAGGACCCACAGUGGAGAGAAGCCUUAUGAAUGUGAGGAGUGUGGGAAAAGCUUCAGCCGCAGCUCUCACUUGGCUCAACACCAGAGGACACAUACUGGUGAGAAGCCCUAUGAAUGUAAUGAAUGUGGGAGAAGCUUCAGCGAAAGAUCAGAUCUCAUCAAGCACUACAGAGUACACACAGGAGAAAGGCCCUACAAAUGUGAUGAAUGUGGAAAAAACUUUAGUCAGAAUUCAGAUCUCAUUCGUCAUCGGAGAGCCCAUACAGGAGAGAAACCAUAUAGAUGUAAUGAAUGUGGGGAAAAUUUCAGUCGGAUCUCACACUUGGUUCAACACCAGAGAACCCACACUGGUGAAAAGCCCUAUGAAUGCAAUGAGUGUGGAAAAAGCUUUAGCCGGAGUUCCCAUCUCAUUACACAUCAGAAAAUUCACACUGGAGAGAAGCCCUAUGAAUGUAACGAAUGUUGGAGAAGCUUUGGUGAGAGAUCAGAUCUUAUUAAACACCAGAGAACCCAUACUGGAGAAAAGCCCUAUGAAUGUGUGGAAUGUGGAAAAGGUUUUACCCAGAGCUCAAACCUUAUCACACAUCAGCGAGUUCAUACUGGAGAGAAACCGUAUGAAUGCACCGAAUGUGACAAAAGUUUCAGCCGAAGUUCAGCUCUUAUUAAACAUAAGAGAGUUCAUACAGACUGAAUCCCUUAGUUGUGAUUACAUGGGAAUGAUUUUGGCAAAGAACAGAGAAUUUUACAUUAGUGAGCUUGCUUUGAAUCAAGCUCCUUUCACUAUAUUGAAUUUUCUAGUUGUGAGUCAUAAUUUAAAUUUCUAAGAAGAUGAAAUCAUUUGGAGGUCUGAUCUAAGGCUCUGGAAUCUUGAUUUCUUCUUCCUUAGAAAUAACAAAUCAUAAUCCUUUUUAAUUCAACAUUAAUGAAUUGCUCAGUUAAAAGUAUGAAGCAAGUGACUGAAGAGCUGCAGUCCUAGGAAGAAAGACCUGCCAUCAUGGCUGUUUGGACCAGGGACUACAGUGACAGUGUUCUAGCAGUUCUUUAUCUUACUCCCCGGCCCACACUUGUGCCCAAGGGAAAGUGUGAGAUUGUAAUAGGUGGUGAGCUGCUUUAGAAGAAGGCAAUCAGGAACUCUUCCCUGAAUAACGAUGCCUACACAAGCCUUGUUAAGUUAACAUACACAUCUUUGCUACCAAGGGCCUUGUUCUUGAGUUGCCUGUAUAUCCAUAGUAGUUUUUUCUUCUUUCCUGAGAGCAGGACUCUGCACAAUGGACACAGUCAUUACAGCAUUUAUCUUUCCUGUUUUCAUUUCUAUUUAUUCAUUGUAAUAUUUUAGCUUUUGUUAAAACACUUUUAUGGGAAAAAAAAGAUCAAAAGGGAAAAUGAGCAGUGGGGUUUGGGAAAGAUGAUGCCUUUCCUGCUCCCGAUAAGUGACUCUGGCAAGAUUUGCUUGGUAUACUUAUUGUCAUCAUUAAUCAGAAUUUACUAACUAUCUUUUGGGAUGGCUAUAGGGUAUAGUUGUGGGGGGGCACCAUCUUCAAGGAAGACAGGGCAGUGGAAUGUAACCACAGCUACAGUGAGAGGUGAAAAUGGACCCUUGCAGAAAGAGGAAGGAAGGUGACUGCCUUCUGUGAAGUCCUGGUGUUUUUGUGCUCCAUCUCCUCCACUCUAAGAUUCCUGACUGUUAAUUGAUCUAAGGAGUAAGGAGCCUGGAUUCCAAGUGUCCUCAGUAUUUACUAACUAGGAUUUGAUAAGGGAUGGUUUCCAGUACUUCUCUUCUUACAUAAGGCCUUACAGGCAUACCAUCAACCCCAUAAGUGUUUAUGGUUCUGCAAGACAGGCGAGACUGUCUGGAUUACACAGUGUCAGCAUGGUUUGAAAUGAACAUGCUUUCAUGUGAUGGAAGUCUGAAUUUAACUCACUGGGGUGAGAAAUGGAUUUUUAAAAAACACUGGUGUCCUGGGACUCACUCUCAUGUAAGAGGCUAGCAUAUACUUGUUUGUGUAGCUAAAUUGUUGGGGGGUUGACUACCUGAACAGAUCGAUACACUAAUUGAAAACAGAACCAGGAAGCUGGACACCGUUCUGGUAGAGAAGAAUGGGUAGAUCAAGGCAGGUCUUUUUAUGUGUUACAGUCUUUUAAAUGAAAAGCAAAUACUGAUGGAUAGAAGAAUUCCAGAACAGAUGGUGUGAGUUCACUCUCUCUCAGGGUAUGAUUUAAGAGCCAUUCCUAAAUCUCAGGCAUGGCACUGGGGGAGAGGUAGGAACUGGGAAAAGGAGAAAUUUGGAUUCUUUCCAGGAAUCCCCCUAACUUUUUAUAAAUGUUGUUUUGUAUUGUGACCUUCAUACUGUUUAAAACAAACAACUUUUUGUUCUGUCUAUUUGGAGUAUUCUAGGGGCAAGUAAGCCCUUUGGGAAUGGAAUGGCCAACUAAGUCAUUGUGACCUUGAGCUUUAUGGGCCUGGGGAUUCUAUUGCUUUCUAUGAAACUUGACCUCCAGACCAAACCACAAGGACUAUAGCCACACACACAACACAUGUUUCUUUAGGUUGCCUAGCUUCAUUAAGUAUAAGUUCCUAAAGGUCAGGAGUCACAUUUUAUGGUUUUUUUGUUCUUUUUGUUUGUCAAGAAGCACCUACAUUGUUUGGGGUGCCGCUCAGCUAUUUUAAUUGCUCUGGGAGAUCUCUGUUCCAACACUAAAGUCUAAUACGUUUUGACCCAUAUCAGUGUUCCUGAUAAUUGUAAUGAAAAUCAAAAGUUCUGUGCCCCUGAGAUCAUUUUGGGGGUAGCCAGAAUCUCCAUUUCUCCAUCUUUCCCUCCUGCUGCUGCUGCUGGCUUCUUGCCAGAGGUGAGAGGCUUGGAAGGCUCCAGUCUUUGCUUCCUAAUGUGUGCAUACCUGCUGGUGAGGUUUUGGUUUUGGGGGGAUGGGUAGGGUAAGGAAUGAAGAGGACAGGCCAGUCAAACUCUGUCCCUUACCACCAUCUUCCUCUGCCAGGUGCUGCUCCCACCGUUGUCAUCAUAUGCUUUCUUGAGUAGAAGUUUUGCAUUAAAAUUCUUCUGUGGCUACUUUUUGCAUGCCCUGUGCCCCCAAGUUCCUGACUGCCUCUGCCCACACUCUGAACACUUUGUGCCUGUUUUCUCUAGUUGUGAGAAUGAGUGAGCCAGUAAGUAGGGCAGUUUUUGCUUUUAAGGUAUUGGUAAAAAGUUAUCCUAGUGUUUAUCUACAUUUGUAGUAUUCUAACAAUAUAAUGGAAAAUAUACUUUUUAAAUGCAGAAGAUGUUGAAAAUCAUUUUAGUAACUCAGCCCUGGUUAGUAUUAUCUGCUUCAAAUAUAUUAAAGCUCAGCGUGAACACAUCCAGGUGUUAGGAACUUAAAAGAUUAGAGCUGGAAGGGACCUUAGAGGCUGUGUGGUCCAAAACCCCUUGUUCUGCAUAUGAGGAAGCAGGCCUAAGCAGGGGAAGUGAUUCGUCCAAGCUCACACAGUAAGUAGCAGAUCCAGGAUUCAGAGUAAGGACCUUUGAUGCCAGAUCUGGUGCUCUUAGUAAUACACUAGGCUGCCUGCUUUUACAUAGGUGCAAUAGGAACCUAUUGUGGAGAUUCCAGAGAAUAGUCUCUUUGGAUGAAUUGCUUUUUAAACUUUGGAAACUCUGUUGACUUUUCUCAGGCAGCUGCAAAACCUGGCAAGAUUCUGUGAAGGCUGUGCUGGUGGCAAAAUCAACUGGAAGAGUUGGGUAUAGGUGAUUGACCAUUUUGGAGGGGGAAAUGAUCAAAUUUGCAAAAGAAAGGUGUUGCUGCUUCAGGAAGAUGCCUUGGAGUAUCAGUCUCCAACACUAAAACCCGGGAUAUAUACAACUAGGAUCCCUGAGCACUGAUUGAGAUGGUUCAUGCAAGUGGGAAGGGUACUGUGCACUCCCAGAGACAUGCAGGCAGAAGGUAAUACCCACCCCCAGAUGUGCAACACCAGGGGCAUGACAUUUUCAAAGUAUUUUUAAAAAUUAAAGUUGUCAUAUGAAA